UGUUGAAUCAGUCUACAACUUUUAAAAAUGUUCACGCAAUUGGCUCUUCUUUCCGUUUUGGCGGUAUUCGUGGCUCAAGCUACAAUGAAUCUUCCAUCUCAGGAGCAGUACAAUGCUGAAUUGAAAUCAGCGGGCAUGUCUCAAGCUGGAAUCGAUGGAUUGAAUGUUUUGAGCCAAAAGUUUGUGAGCCAAUACCCAGUCGUCCAGGCUAACAAGGAAGCAGCCGACAAGUUUUUGGCUGAAUACACAGAAGAAGCACAAAAUUAUGUCAAGUCAAUGUCUCCAGAAGAUCAGAAGAUUUAUGCCGAGAGUCUUAAAAAGUACGGGCUCGCUUAAAUUCUUUUGUAAAUUUAAAUAAAUGCAUUGAUCAAACUUU